CAGACUUAGUGGGGGUUACCUGGCUGAGAGCAGCAGCUGCAGCAACAAGGCUCCUGGGAUAGUUCAGGCAUAGUUUGACACCAUGGGUCCUCCUCUGAAGCUCUUCAAGAAACAGAAGUACCAUGAACUGAAGCAGGAAUGCAUCAGAGAUGGUAGACUUUUCUGUGACCCAACCUUUUUGCCUGAGAAUGAUUCUCUUUUCUACAAUCGACUGCUUCCUGGGAAAGUGGUGUGGAAACGUCCCCAGGACAUCUCCGAUGACCCCCAUCUGAUUGUGGGCAACAUCAGCAAUCAUCAGCUGAUCCAAGGUAGACUGGGACACAAGCCAAUGGUCUCUGCAUUUUCUUGUUUGGCUGUUCAGGAGUCUCACUGGACAAAGACAAUUCCCAUCCAUAAGGAACAGGAAUGGGACCCUCGAAAACCAGAUAAAUAUGCUGGGAUAUUUCGCUUCCGUUUUUGGCAUUUUGGAGAAUGGACCGAGGUGGUGAUUGAUGACUUGCUGCCCACCAUCAAUGGAGAUUUGGUCUUCUCCUUCUCCACCUCCAUGAAUGAGUUUUGGAAUGCUCUACUGGAAAAAGCUUAUGCAAAGCUGCUUGGCUGCUAUGAGGCCCUGGAUGGUUUGACCACCACUGAUAUCAUUGUGGACUUCACUGGCACAUUGGCUGAAACUGUCGACAUGCAGAAGGGAAGAUACACUGAGCUUGUUGAAGAGAAGUACAAGCUUUUUGGAGAACUGUACAAAACAUUUACUAAAGGAGGGCUGAUCUGCUGCUCCAUUGAGACUCCCAAUCAGGAGGAACAAGAAGUUGAAACUGAUUGGGGUCUGCUGAAAGGCCAUACCUACACCAUGACUGAUAUUCGCAAGAUCCGUCUUAAGGAGAGACUUGUGGAAGUCUUCAGUACUGAGAAGCUGUACAUGGUUCGCCUGAGGAACCCCUUGGGAAGACAGGAAUGGAGUGGUCCCUGGAGUGAAAUUUCUGAGGAAUGGCAGCAACUGACUGCAGAGGAUCGCAAGAACCUUGGGCUUGUUAUGUCUGAUGAUGGAGAGUUUUGGAUGAGCCUGGAGGACUUUUGCCGCAACUUUCAUGAACUCAGUGUCUGCCACAAUGUGAACAACCCUCUUUUUGGCCGCAAGGAGCUGGAAUCCAUGCUGGGAUGCUGGACUGUGGAUGAUGAUCCUCUGAUGAACCGCUCUGGAGGCUGUUAUAACAACCCUGAUACCUUCCUGCAGAAUCCCCAGUACAUCUUCACUGUGCCUGAGGAUGGACACAAGGUCAUCAUGUCACUGCAGCAGAAGGAUCUGUGCACUUAUCGCCGAAUGGGAAGACCUGAUAAUUACAUCAUUGGCUUUGAGCUCUUCAAGGUGGAGAUGAACCGCAAAUUCCGCCUCCACCACCUGUACAUCCAGGAGCGUGCUGGGACUUCCACUUAUAUUGACACCCACACUGUGUCUCUGAGCAAGUACCUGAAGAAGGGCAACUAUGUGCUGGUUCCAACCAUGUUCCAGCAUGGCCGUACCAGCGAGUUUCUCCUGAGAAUCUUCUCUGAAGUGCCCGUCCAGCUCAGGGAACUGACUCUGGACAUGCCUAAGAUGUCCUGCUGGAACCUGGCUCGUGGAUACCCAAAAGUAGUUACCCAGAUCACUGUUUACAGUGCUGAGGGCCUGGACAAGAAGUAUGCUAAUGAAACUGUAAACCCAUAUUUGGUCAUCAAGUGUGGAAAGGAGGAAGUCCGUUCUCCUGUCCAAAAGAAUACUGUUCAUGCCAUUUUUGACACCCAGGCCAUUUUCUACAGAAGGACCACUGACGUUCCUAUUAUAGUACAGGUGUGGAACAACCAAAAAUUCCAUGAUCAGUUCCUGGGGCAGGUUACUCUGGAUGCUGACCCCAGCGACUGCCGUGAUCAGAAGUCUCUAUAUCUGCGUAAGAAGGGCGGUCCAACUGCCAAAGUCAAGCAAGGCCACAUCAGCGUCAAGGUUAUUUCCAGCAAUGAUCUCACUGAGCUCUAAAUCUCCAGUCCCAGAGAAUUCUGACAUUGUUUUUCUAUCCUUUUAUUUUCUGUCAGAUGACAGGUCUUAUCUAAGAUUCACAUUCAUUUCAAGGAAAGAAAUUCACAGUAAUUAACUAUUCCUCUCUUCUGAUCAGUUCCCCAUACCUCCUGAUCCAAGUAGCAUCAGUAGCUACAAAACCUAUAUACCUCCAGCAGCUGAACAGGGGGAGGUGAUGGUCCUAUCUGGAGAUCAUAACAACAGACAAAUGUUUGCAAAGAAAUGAUUUCUGAGGCUUCCGGGGGUGAGAUGCAAGCAGGACAAUAACGAGGGCCUGGACACACUCAAAAUAUCUUCCCUGAAGGGCAUAUUGAGGAAGGAGGAGGGGUUAUCAAGGCCAAGCUGGUCUAGCCUGAAAACCCAGCCCCUGAAUCAAUGCUGCAGACUUCUCAGCAGCAUUUCACCAGCAGCCAGAGCUUGCUUAUUAGUCCCCAACCCUUGCCACACCACCACCAUCACCACCAUCACCAUCACCAUCAUCACCACUACCAUCACUACCACCACCAUGACCACCAUUACUACCGUCACACCAUAACCACCACCACAAUCACCACCUCUACCACCUCUGGAAAGUAUAGUCCUGCCCUAACCUAAGUUACACCCCACAGUAGGUUUUACCUUUAUGCUGAGGAAGCUUCCUAGGUGCUUAAUCAAGAGCUGGAGUUCCAUGAAAGAUUAGAGUCAGUAGCUUGUGUCUGUUGACAAACAAGGCCUAGACAGUGAGAAAGACCUGAGCUCCAGUUCAGUGGAAGCCAGCUGUGUUCUACAAGAGGGAAAAGUGGAAGAAGCUGCAGUGGGAGACAAAGCCUCUGUCUCCCACCCAUCCACGCACACCUAUACUCACACACGCGCACAUGGGCGCGCACGAACUACCGUUCAUGCAGUCAGUGGGCAAGAAGGAAGAGUAUAUGCCACAUAUUCUCAAAGAAUGAAAGAAUGCAUAUAGCCAUAGUAUAGCCAGUCUGGGGCCCCUGACUGCAAUGUGAAACCUCCUGCUGCUGCUAGGUUUACAAACAAGCCUUUUGUCCUGUGCCUCCUAAUAUCAUUGGUACUGAAGACCCUAUCUGGGGGCUUGAGACUUUGGGUCCCAGCCAAGGACUCUAAGGCUUUUUCCUCAGUUGGGAAGCUUCACUCCCUGGGGGUGUUUGUUUGCCCUCUUGUUUUUCAGUACUUCAACAGAAUUUUCUCUAGAGUCAGUACUCUGAAAUGUUCUUCCCUCCAUCUCAUCUAUCAACAUUCUACCCCUCCUUCAAGGCCCAGCAGAAAUGCCACCUCCUCCAUGAAGCCUUCGUUAAUCCCACCCCAACCAUCUUCAACAAUUUUUUCAAUGCUUCUGCAAUGAUAAAAUAGAAACAUAGUUGUAGUACUUUGUCUAGUCUGCUAUGCAUUUAUGUUUUAAACAUUUUGUAGUUUUUUUUUAGCUUUCUCAUUUCCUAUCAUAUUUUUCAGUCUCUGUAACUUGCGCCUACACCACACUGCCUUACAUAAAUCAAUUCACAAUAAA